AAUGUAUUUUAUAUAUUAUAUAAAUAAUAUUAUAUAAUGUAUUUUUACAUGAUAUUGUUUAAAAUUGUACAAUUCAAUUCUAUUCUAAUUUAAUCUAAUGUCACAUUCUAAUUCUAUAUUUUAACAUGAAUGUGUAUGCACUUGCCCCACGUGUACUUAAAAUAACUGGUAAAUAUGCAUCGGUCUGAAAGAUGAAUUUGGGAUACAACUGUACAUUCUUGACUUCAGUUCACUUCACUGCCCGGUCCUUUUUUUUUGUGCCAACAAUUAGAGGAAGUGAUGAAUGUUAGGAUGUGCGUGCGAACAUGACGCGUUAAUCCGCACUACAUAAGGGUACCAAGUGUCAGUGUCUGUCAUGGUCCAGCGGAGAGUCCAGGUCUGACAUGUCAGCCUCAGAUUCCAAAGCAGAAGUCCUCACUAUUGCUGAGGCGGGGGAAUCAGUCCGGAAGACCUCCAGCGUCUUCCAGCAGUACGUGCAGCCGUGUCUGGCCGAGCUGUUUGGCACCAGCUUGUUUGUCUUCGUGGGAUGCUCCUCGGUCAUCGGGUCAGAUGCCGUUACACCACCUGCUCUGGCUCACGGUCUGGCGCUGGUGGUUCUGAUCACAGUGUUUGGACCUGUCAGUGGAGGCCACUUUAACCCUGCAGUGUCUCUCAGUGUCUGCCUGUGUGGAGGCUUGAAACCAGCUCUGCUGGGGCUCUACGUUGUGGCCCAGAUGUUGGGAGGGAUGGUCGGUGCAGGGAUGACCAAGGUUCUGUUCUCUGAGAUGUUAUACAGUGCAGCUCAUGGGGCAGCUUUCUCAACAGAAGGAGACAAGCUGGGCCCGGCCACGAUGGCAGAGAUGAUUCUCACCAUGUUCCUCUGCACUGUGGUCUGCAUGGCAGCAGUCAACAAGUCCACUCGUUCAUCCCUGGCUCCCCUCUGCAUCGGACUCACUGUAACCACCGGCAUCUUUGCAGGUGCACGUCUCUCCGGCGGCUGCAUGAACCCAGCUCGUGCGUUUGGCCCCGCUGUGGCUGCAAAAUACUGGGCUCAUCACUGGGUCUACUGGGCCGGACCUGUCUGUGGUUCCCUGCUCUCGGCUGGACUCAUCAGGCUGCUGUUCGGGGAUCAGAAGACCAGAAUUGUUCUGAGGUGAAUGUUUGUGGGAGACAGGAAGUCACAGAAAGUCAACUCUCUGUGGAUCAAUUUCUCCAACUGUUUCUUGUGAUGUUCUCCAACAAAUAUCUCCUAUUUUAUUUACUGUUCGUGUGUCAGUGAAGAUUGGUCACGCUGUGCUGUUUUCAUAUGUUCUUUAUUUUUCAUAUGUUCUCCCAUUAAAUUUGAUCAAUUAAUCGAUCGAGCAUCUGCCCCCAGUUUGGAGAGACACAUGACAACAGAGCUAAAUAAACAUUC